UCGCUCUCUGCUUUAAACAGUAUAUCUCUUUGAAUUUUUGUUUGUGUUUUUUUGUGAUUUUGCCGAGGAUUAUAAAGAUAAAAGCUGGCGAUAAAAUGUCGCAGUUGCAAUUGUCGAACAAGAUGCUGAAGUAUAGUUUAAUUGUGGCGGUUUGUGAAAGCUUUGGCAUUGGCAUCAAGGGUGAUUUGCCAUGGCACAUCAAAUCGGAGCUUAAGUAUUUUAGCCAGACGACGAAGCGCGUCACUGAUCCUCAAAAGCGUAAUGUUGCCAUCAUGGGUCGCAAAACCUAUUUUGGUAUUCCAGCCAGCAAACGUCCACUGCCUGAUCGUUUGAAUAUUGUGCUGAGUAGAACAUUAACUCCAGCUGACUUGCCCUCAGAUGUGCUGCUCUGCCCUGAUCUGGAGACAGCAAUGCAAAAGAUUGAGAAUGAGGAAAUUGGCAACCAGAUCGAGAAUGUCUGGAUUGUGGGAGGCAGUGGAGUUUAUGCCGAAGCAAUGAAGUCACCUCGUUGUCAUCGCUUGUACUUAACACAGAUUAAAGGCAACUUUGAGUGCGACACUUUCUUCCCAGAAAUACCACCAAGUUUCUGCGAAGUCCCACUCGAUGCUGAGACACCACGUGGUAUCCAGGAGGAGAACGGCAUAAAAUACGAGUACAAGAUAUUGGAAAAACAAUAAACAAAACAAUAUUUUUAUUUGUUACUGCCACGCA